AUGACAGCGAUCAAAAGUUCUGAUUCCGAUACGGAAAGUGAGCGGAGCCCACCCGGCGACAAUAUUCCUCCCACUUCCACCCCAUCGUCGAGGAGGCCCGCCAACAUUCCCCUCCACACACUAUCGUCCGCCGCUCCGGGCAGUAGUAACGGUCAUCCCCCCCGACGUCACGCGUACGACCCGGACGACGACGAGGAUCCGUUUCUUGAAUCCGAUGACAACGAACACGAUCCGCUAUCUUACUCCCACACUACAUUGAUCGACCGUUCGAACGAGAAGGCGGACCGUCAUCCUCAUAAUAGCACCUACGAUCCAUCCCCCGCGAACGAAUACCAAUCCCCUCCCAGCUGCGACUCCUUCUCCGGCUCCGACUUCUCUUUCUGGAGCGACACCGGCGACCUCGUCGACCAGCUCGCCGCCGAAGAAGACCCGCUGACCGUCCGCCUUGCACACCAGCUGGACGAACUCGAUCCGUCGAGCGGAAAGUCCCGAGGGAAGGCUCACAAGCGCGUGCGGAAGGAGGAUAUCCCGAUCCCAAGCCCGCCGCCGAGGAAGAUCUCCCGGGGAGAGCGGUUGCUCGCUGCCAUCAUGUCGCCGAGAGAUGGGCCGUCGAGGCUCCAUGGGCUGCAUGGGAAGAAGUUGAUUUAUUUUACGAGCGUCUUUGUAUCAUUGGGUGUGUUUUUAUUCGGAUAUGAUCAGGGCGUUAUGUCGGGCAUUAUCACCGGCGGAUAUUUCAAAGACUACUUCAACCAACCCUCGCGAGCCGAAAUCGGCACCAUGGUCGCCAUCCUUGAAGUUGGCGCCUUCAUCUCCUCUCUCAUGGUCGGCCGUGUCGGCGACAUCAUCGGCCGCCGAAAAACCAUCCUCUACGGCUCCAUCGUCUUCGUGGUUGGCGGCGCACUCCAGGCGUUCGCCAACGGCAUGCCGAUGAUGAUGGUCGGCCGGAUCCUUGCCGGGUUCGGCGUCGGCAUGCUGAGCACCAUCGUUCCCAUCUACCAAUCCGAGAUCUCGCCGCCGCAUAAUCGAGGGAAGCUGGCGUGCAUCGAGUUCACCGGGAACAUCACGGGGUAUUGUGCAAGUGUCUGGGUGGAUUACUUUUGCAGCUUCAUUCAUAGCGAUUUGUCAUGGCGGAUACCGUUGUUCAUGCAGGUCUUCCUGGGCACGUUGCUUGGGUUGGGGAGUUUUCUAAUUCUCGAGUCGCCUCGCUGGCUUCUCGACAACGACCAUGACGAAGAAGGCAUUGUCGUCAUCGCCAACCUCUACGGCAAGGGUGACAUCCACAACCCGAAAGCCCGCGAAAACUACCGUGAAAUCAAGAUGAACGUUCUCAUGGAGCGCCAGGAAGGCGAGCGCUCCUACGGUGACAUGUUCAAGCGGUACUACAAGCGCGUGUUCAUCGCCAUGUCCGCACAAGCCCUCGCCCAACUGAACGGCAUCAACGUCAUUUCCUACUACGCCCCUCUCGUCUUCGAGCAGGCCGGCUGGCAGGGCCGUGAUGCGAUUCUCAUGACCGGUAUCAACGGCAUAACAUACCUCCUCUCCACAAUCCCUCCAUGGUACAUCGUCGACAAGUACGGACGACGACCCAUUCUCCUCACCGGCGCCGUCGCGAUGAUGCUCUCGCUCUCCGCGGUCUCUUACUUCAUCUUCAUCGACAUCGAUAACACGGCCAGUCUGGUCGUCGUCUUCGUCAUGAUCUAUAACGCCGCGUUCGGCGCGUCCUGGGGCCCGAUCCCGUGGUUGUACCCCCCGGAGAUCCUGCCGCUCAGCAUCCGAGCCAAGGGCGCGAGUCUGAGCACGGCAACAAAUUGGGCGUUCAAUUGGUUGGUGGGCAUGAUGACGCCGGUAUUGCAGGAGCUGAUCCAGUGGCGGCUUUAUCUUGUGCAUGCAUUUUUCUGCGCUCUCAGUUUCGUCAUUGUCUGGUUCAUCUACCCCGAAACCGCCAACAUCCGCCUCGAGGACAUGAACGUCCUCUUUGGCGACGCCACCUCCGUCAUGCCGACCCCCGAAACCAUCGCCGAAGCCGAAUCCCUCUUCUCCGGCAACCGCUCGCCCGUGCCGAGCAUCGACCUGCGCCGCGGCCCCGCGGCUUUCUCCGCCGACAACGCGAUCCCCGGGCUGAACAUCGAUCCGCCGGUGGACGUUGAGGGCGGCCGGGGGAAGCCGCAGGCGGGCAGCGUGGAGCAGGAGGGGGUGGGAGGCUGGAUUAGUAGCAUUGUGAAGAGGGCGAAGGGGAGUGGGGAGGGGGAUUCAGGGAGUGGGAAGUACAGUAAGGUGAAGCAGGAUGAUGGCGAUGAGGAGGAUGGCGGAGGGGGAGGCGGGAGUAGAGAUUAGAGGAGGAAAAGGAAGGCUGUUUGAGACAUUAUCUUGAUGCAAUAUUUCUUGUUAAAUAGCCCUACGGUGGCUCACCUUUUAUGAUUUUGGAUUUGUAGAGCUGCGUGAGCGCAUAGGCUCGAUAUUUAGAGUGGAUUUCAUAGACGAACUUAGGAAGUGGAUCUGAUCGUGGUUCUUGUCUUGUAUAUAGUACGCUUCGGGGGUUGGGAAGUCUGUACCCAGCGUAGAUCUACUAAUACAUUCCUUCACAGUAGGGACGAAUAGAUCUGGCAAUUAUAUUUAUCAUACCUGGUUGAUGGAAUUUAAAUCAUCGUU